AUGGACCCAACUAUUGACGAGAUUCAGGAAUAUGGCACGGAACAACUUAUUGAGUAUUUGCAGACUGUGAAAAACUUACAGUUUAAUGAGAAACACUUUGAAAUUAUUAGAAAGGAGGAAUUCACCGGUGAAACUUUUUUAACAAUAACUGAAGAAGAGCUUCGCGGUAUUGGUUUGAAGUUUGGAUCUGCAAAACGACUUGUCAACUUUGCUAAGACGUGCAGUGAACGGAAAAGGCAGAAAUAUUCAUCAAUUAAAUCUUUGAAAGAUGUCUUAAAAGACUAUAACAUUGACUCUGAUGACAUUUCAAAGAUUCCUCUAUUUGAACCACAAACUCACGAAAUUCAAGAUGCUGAUGAAGAGUAUGUAUCAACAAUCCUUCACGCAGCUCUCCGAAUCGCCGAAGCUAGUUCAAAUAACAUUUUUAAAAUGGCUGUUGAAUAUGAAGUCAGUGAUAAGAUAGAUAAAUCAAUGCAAGAAGGUUUUGCUCAGAAUAUCAGACAGCUCGAAAUCUCACAUGAUGUUAAUAAAAAAAAGCGAAAACGGGAUGAAAAUGAGGAUUUUGAUUAUCUUUAUGGUAUCGUUACUUCCGAAGCUUGGAAUAAGGAAUCGGGUGAAUAUGGAAAUUUGUGCAAUAAUACGAAAAAGGUUUUAAGCAUAAUUGUUGGUUUGUUAGUGGAUAAAGUAGCUGAUACUAAACCCGAAUCCAAAAGAAUAAGA